AUGCCUCUCCCAACGACAUUCAUGCUUAACACUGGCGCGCCCAUUCCAGCGGUCGGUUUCGGCACCUGGCAGGCCGCGCCACACGAGGUCGAGAAAGCAGUCGAGAUCGCGCUGCGCAACGGCUACAAACACAUCGACUGCGCGGCCAUCUAUCGCAAUGAGAACGAGGUCGGUGCUGGAAUCCGCAACAGCGGUGUCAAUCGCAAGGACAUCUUCAUCACCACCAAGCUAUGGAACUCGAAGCAUGCACCCAAGGACGUCGAGGCGGCGCUGGACGAGUCGCUGAAGGACCUUGGCGUCGAGUAUGCGGAUCUGUACCUGAUGCACUGGCCCACGCCAUUCGCCAGAGGCAACAAGUGGUUUCCUUUAGAUGACGAGGGGGUCUUCAAGUUGGGGGACACGCCCUACACGGAGACGUGGAAGGCGAUGGAGAAGCUGCUCAAGACGGGCAAGACCAAGGCCAUUGGAAUCAGCAACUUUAACGAGCGGAGGCUGAAGGAGCUGCUCGAGGUCGCCGAGGUGGUCCCGGCCGUCAACCAGAUCGAGGCACACCCGUGGAUCCAGCAGCCAGCGCUGAAGAAAUUGUGCGAGGACAACGGCAUCCUCAUCCAGGCGUACAGUCCACUGGGCAACAACACGACCGGCGAGCCGAGGACGGUGGACGAUCCUCUCGUGCAUGAGAUUGGCAAGGAGCUGGACAUGGAUCCGGGUCAGGUGCUCGCGUCGUGGGCCAUUCAACGUGGCACCGUCGUUCUGCCCAAGAGUGUCACCGAGAAGAGAAUCAUCGGUAAUGUCAUGGUGAAGGAGCUGCCCAAGGAGGCGUACGAGAAGCUGAACGCAAUGGAGAAGCACAAGCGCUUCAAUGACCCAAGCCCAAGAUGGGGCUACGACAUCUUCGACGAGCUCGGAGAGGAUGCCGUCAAGCAAUCCGCAAAGGAGGCUGGGAAGUCCAACCCGACCAAGUUCAAGAUUUGA